CGCUAGGCACGGCAGCGGCGGGCAUAGGCGUUCCGCUCGUAUUUUUCUUUACUAUGUUUACUUCCGCCGGUACUCGAUGGCGCGCUUGCGCUUCUGUGUAGUAAAAGGGCUGUCACGGGGAAUUAAACCUUGCAGCUCCUCCAGCCGCUGCCGCUGCCGCCGCCGCCCCUCCUCAUCCUAACGCACUGCUGCUGCUGCAGAGAGCCUCCCUGCUAGGGCGCGCCCUAAACCAGCCCCUGCUGCGGAGCCGCCCCUCGAAGGCUCCCCCACCCCACCCCGCUCUCUCUCUCUCUCUCCCCCUGCCUUGCAAGCGCCCUCUCUUCCAGCAGCCCCCAUUUCAGCCUGCAAGAGCAGAGAGCCGCGCCCGCUGCUUCUUGCCGACUCCAGGGCGCGCGGUGUGUGUAUGUGUGUGUCGGGAGGAGGGUGCCGUUUGUACGACCCCCUUCCUUGCUUUUGCUUUUCUGUCCUCUUUUUUUUCCCCUUUCCUUCCCUCCGACUAUCACUCCAGAGACAGCCGUUGUGCAAAGAGGCUUGGCGUCUGUUGGCGGGAAAAGGAGGCGGGGAGGUGGAGUCAGUCUUACAGCAGUCUAUAAAAGGAGCUAACGCGCCUAACUCAUCACUAGACUUUGCUUCAGAGCCGACGCAAGGGGCGGGGGUCUGGCGCUUGGGUAGGUGCCACCUUCGCCGCCGCCGCCGCCGCCGCCACCACCGCCUUUGCAGGGAGGGGAGGAAAAAAAAAAUACACACACACAUAUCCCCCGAUCUUCCCUGCCCACCCGGCGCCCCUCAAAGGAGAGAAAAGAGCCUAGAAACCCCCCAGAUCCGACUGCACCGGGACGCCAAAAACGGGGGACUUAUAAUAUCGCCUUGCUUACAAGGACUUGCCAAGCCAAACACCCGCCAGGAGGGACCGCGCCGUUUUCCCUGGUGGCGAUUUUUGGUGGGAUUUUUCUGGCUCGCUCGCCUUUCUUGCACGCCUCUUGAGAACCGACACUCUGUAUUUCGUAGCCGGGACCCGGGAGGAGCCGGCACCCGCCGCCGCCGCCACGAUGCCUCUGACGGUCCCGAGCUUCCACAGCCGGACUUACGACUACGACUACGACUCAGUCCAGCCCUAUUUCUACUACGAGGACGAGGAGGAGAACUUCUACUUCACCGGGCAGCAGCGGGGCUGCGAGCUGCAGCCGCCCGCCCCGUCGGAGGACAUCUGGAAGAAGUUCGAGCUGCUGCCCACGCCGCCCCUCUCGCCCAGCCGCCGCUCCAGCUGCUUCCCGUCGGGCGCCGACCAGCUGGAGAUGGUGACCGAGCUGCUGGGCAGCGACGUGGUCAGCCAGAGCUUCAUCUGCGACCCGGACGACGAGGCCUUCGUCAAGUCCAUCAUCAUCCAGGACUGCAUGUGGAGCGGGGGCUCGGCCGCCGCCAAGCUCCAGAAGGUGGUCUCCGAGAAGCUCGCCUCCUACCAGGCGGCCCGACGGGAGGGCGCUGGCGCGGCUGCCUCCGCCCGCAGCAGCAGCAGCAGCCUCCAGUCCUCGCCGCCGCAGACGCCCGCCUCAGCAGCUGCCGUGGCCGCUGGCGCCGCCGCCUCCUCCUCCUCCUCCUCCACCUCCUCGUCGCCCAGUAGCGCCUACUUGCAGGACCUGAGCGCCGCCGCGGCCGAGUGCAUCGACCCGUCCGUCGUCUUCCCCUACCCGCUGAGCGAGAAGCCGCCGAAAGCCGCCGAGGUCGCCUCUCCGGAGGCCAGCCCCGCUUCCUUGCUCGGGGAGGACACACCGCCCACCACCAGCAGCGACUCGGAAGAGGAAGAGGAGCAGGAAGAAGAAGAGGAAGAAAUCGAUGUUGUCACUGUAGAAAAAAGGCACCCUGGAGUCAAGAAAUCGGAGUCCGGCUCUCACUCGUCAGGGGGCCACGGUAGGCCCCCACACAGUCCGCUGGUUCUCAAGCGCUGCCACGUCCCGAUCCACCAGCACAAUUACGCUGCUCCUCCCUCAACCAGAGUUGAGCACUCCUCAGCUAAAAGGUUAAAGUUGGACAGUGCCAGAGUCCUCAAACAGAUCAGUAACAACCGCAAAUGUUCAAGCCCGCGCACGUCAGACUCCGAGGAGAAUGACAAGCGGCGAACACACAACGUCCUGGAGCGCCAGAGGCGGAACGAGCUCAAGCUGAGCUUCUUUGCGCUGCGCGACCAGAUCCCAGAAGUCGCCAACAACGAAAAAGCCCCCAAAGUCGUCAUCCUCAAGAAGGCUACGGAAUACGUCCUGUCGAUCCAGUCGGAUGAACACAGACUGAUAGCGGAAAAGGAGCAGCUGAGGAGGAGGCGGGAACAGUUGAAAAGCAAACUUCAGCAGCUAAGGAACUCUUCUGUUUAAAAAGAGAGAGAGAGAGCGCGCACCCAUGAACCAUUGCGGGGGGCGGGCAUAAAAAAAGACUGUGGGGCUACUGCCAGCUGGGUGCAAAUUAGGACAAGUUCAGUGCUUCUAAAGUAAAUGUACUGAUGGACUCAACUAGUUUGUGAAACGGAACUUUUGCAAUUGCAUGCUAGACAACUACACAACCUUGGCUUGACCUUGGCAUAAGCGCAAGACAGGCCAGAACCUCAAACCUGCAAAAAAAAAAAAAAAAAACUUUGGGCAGACAUCUCUUCAUGCUUGGGGAUGAACUCUUCCCCACCCCCCUCCUAAUUUUUUUUAUUUUAUUUUAUUUAAAACAUAUUUUUUUUAAGGUGAUCAGAAAAAAGUUGUCUUUGCAUCUGCUGUAGCUAUAUUUACACAUAUCCCAAUGACUUGUAAAUAUCUUUAUUAAAAUCUUUAUAGAAAAUUUAAAGAAAACUGCAACAAAUAAUGCGCAUAGAGGUUGUGGCAACUGGAUUUAUAAAUGUCUUGAACUUCGUGCCAUAACAUUUCACAAACGUCCGGUCGUUUUUUAUUUAAAUACUUUUUUUGGUCUUUUUUAAAAUAAAUUACUUUAUUUUGUGUUUCUAGAUAAAUAAAAUAUUUCCCCUAAAUUGUAAUUAA